UUGGUAACCUGUAGACAAAGGACCUUCCACCCCUCAGAAUGGGAGAGUCCAUUUUUCCAGUCAACAUGAUCAAUGCAGCUUGCUGAGAAAAAAACAACGUCAAUGACCUUAAAGAUUUUCUGGUUUCACUUAUUUAGGUAAAAUUCAAAUAUCCAUGUUCAAUAUGAGAAUUUUAUGAUAUCCACCCUCUGGACAAAUGUGUAGUUUUAUUUGAGCAAAGUGUUGUGAGAGAUCUGCAUGAAAGAGCUCACUAAUGUAUACAGCCAGGGCAUUGAGCUAUAAAUAGCACCUGUGAUGCAGACUGAAGAAAAUCAUGGUGGAAAAAAUUUCUGAAGGAUUCCAGAGUCAUUUGAAAGAAAACAGUCAAAGGAACAGAAAAAGUGAUUUUUGAAUCAGAUGUGCUAACAGCCAGAUAUUAAACAGUUGGAAGAGUUUGGCUGUGUCCCAUCAUGGGAGACCUACCAUUUUCCUUGCCACUGCUGCCCCCUAGUCCUGCUUCUGAUUGGUCCGUUCCUCUGCUGCUGGAACCGGGAGAAAAUGAUGACACCCGCAUGUUUUCCAUGGAUGGUCUUGUCAACAGUGAAAGACAGCAAGAAUACACAACUGUAGAUGGCGCCAGUGUUAGGGAUAAUCCCAGUCAAGAGAUGGCAGUGCAGGGUAGCUCACAAGGACACUUCGCCAUAGGAAAUGGUAGUGGACUGCUAGAUGACAGCACCAAAGGCUGCAACAAACCAGUAGAUGGCACUUCUUCUCAAGGAGGGCAACAGAACAGUGGUUACCCUUUUCCAAGUUCACAACAAUGUGUCUCUAGUACUGCAAUGACUGGAGGGGAUAAAACUGAGCUUGAAGACCAGGAGAGCAAUGUAUUUCAUAAGAUGGAGAGCAUUCUCUCAGAACAGGACAGAUAUGAAGAAUCCACUAUGGCAGUACUGGCAGAG